AUGAAGAAGUUUUCCAAGAUCCUGUCGCGGCGACUUGGGCGAUCCGGCGACGAUGACCAUCGCCGUUGGGACGGCGGCCUCGAGUCAUCGCUGGACUUUCACCAGCUGACGUCCAGGCGGUGGCGCAGUGGUGACGAUGGACUGGCGAUGAAUGGCGAGAACCACAGCCGCAUCUUCACAAAGGAGGUUCCCAAGUACGGCGCCGGGAGGAUCUUGGCGGACGGGAGCGACGACGCCGGGCAGCUCUGCGAAGUUUGCCGGGAGAUUGACUUUGCGAGCCUGCUGGACUGGCAGCCCGGGGAUUCAAGGCCGUGGGUUUCGUUGGCACACUGCUUGAAGCUGAGGCUGCCCGAGGACGAAGGGCUGGGCCUCGACGGGAUGACGCUGGACGGAGACGAGAUGAGCGAGGACGAGAGGCGGAGGAAGAAGAGGAAGGAGGGAAACCAGUGUCCGUGGUGUGUCUUCUUCCACUCGAUGAUCACCACGGUCUCGGAAGGGGACGAGGCUGGCGGCUUGGAUGGGAGGGAUGGGAGGGUCAUGAAGGCCAAGUUCACGCCGUAUCUGCGUAUUCGCUUGGCCUUUGAGCGGCUUGGCGGUGGGGAGAAGCACGCGUUGGGGAAAUCGGUGCUCUUUGAAGUCACGACGAGGAACCGGUCUCUCCCAUGGGGGUACAUUGUGAAGGCUGCGCCGGCUCUGGCGCAAACGGAGGAGGAAGCCAAUGCCGAUGCUGAGACGGCGACGGAGACGGAUGCGGAACUGGAGGCGGAGACGAGCACGCAAGGGGAGAUGGAAACGGGGACGGAUUCGGGAGUCGAGGCCGAUGCGGAAUUGAAAGAGGAGCUGUUAUCAGAGGUUAAGCCAAGGGCAUCGACAGCCGACGACGUGGAGGAUCAUGUCGAAGAGACGCCAGUUGAGGCGAAGCAGAAUAGUCAUGCGAAAGUCAACGGAAAAGACAAGCGACGGGACGAAUCAAGGGUCGUUCGAGGGAGGGAGAUCACUCCGCUGCUCCAUCUCCCGCUGGCAAGGAGCUGGGUUGAUUUUUGCGACGAGAACCAUGCUGCCGAGGCCUGCUCCGUCAAGAACCUGACGUUGGUCAAGGGAUUGAAGCUGAUCGAUUGCGAGGAGAACAGAGUUGUUCUUGCAGAGCAGCUGUCUGCCGCAGCACCUCACGACGAGAUACAAGACGAUAAAAGCCAGACCGGCACUCGCAACAGCCAUGAGAACAGCACCAGGCACCAGAACGUGGAUUAUGUCACGCUCAGCUAUGUCUGGGGAAGUUCUCGCCGCAAGGACAACGAGGCCACCUCUGAACAAGGAACCGACGACGACGACCAGCUGCCGCGCCAGCUCCCGAAACUGAUUGCCGAUGCUAUUUCCACCACCAAAGGCCUUGGAUAUCGGUACCUUUGGGUCGACCGAUAUUGUAUGCCCGCAAAGGGAGACGUGGAGGGAGCGUCGGAGCGUCAGAGACAGCUUAGCCUCAUGGGCCAGAUAUUCAGCCACUCGGCACUGACGCUCGUCGUUGCCGCGGGCGAAGGCGUUGACGACGGCAUCGUCGGAGUCAGCGCGCCGCGCGAAGAGCAGCUGUCAAUACAAACGGAGUCGGACCUCUUCACCACGUCGCUCCUUCGCCCAGACCUCGAGGUCGCUUCGUCCAAGUGGGCGUCUCGCGCAUGGACAUACCAGGAGGGUCUCUUGUCGCGGCGACGCCUCAUUUUCACGCCCUCGCAGACUUACUUUCAGUGCCAGGCCGUGCACUGUCACGAGAGCCUUUCUUUACCCCUCGAAUAUGCACCGGGGUUGAACUUUGGUCGGGUCUUUCCCUCCUCGACCGAAGACAGCCUUCGGCCUAACAGGCUGAAGAACCAUAUCAAGGCCUACCUGGCCAAGAGUCUUACUUGUACCGACGACCAUCUAGACGCCUUCAGGGGCUUGCUCCACGAAUACUCACGGCGGGAGAAACUCCCCGUAGAGCACCUGCUCGGCCUGCCCCUUUUCCACCCCGACGACUUUACCAGGCACAAGGUCGUCAGCCAAACGGACCGCCUGGCCGUUGCCCUGGGGUGGAUGCCCAACCGCACGCUCCCUUCCUCUUCCAUCUCCGCCUCCACUACCUCUUCCCACGACGACCUCCUUCACAACCCCGUCAUCGACCCUUACUCCCUCAUCGAUCCCCCCUGUCCCUUUCCCUCGUGGACCUGGCUCGCGUGGCGGCCCAACCAAACAACGUACAACUACAACACCCCCAGCUACUCCUUCAACUUCAACCUCGUCGACGACGCAUCGCCGCUGCUCGACGGCGUGUCGGCCGCGCCCGGGAUGGAAGUCUCCGUCGGCUUUAGCGAUGGCAUGGUUCUCUCGUGGGAGAUUGACGGCGACGCCAUUGCCCGCAAGGCCGACAAGAUCGAGAUGCUGCGCCUCAAGACGUACUGCUUCGACCUAAACGUCAAGAGAACUCCCGCGGGCGCGGGCAACAGGUCGACCCUGUCCCUGGCCGAGCCCGUUGCCUCCGCGCUGGGCAGGUCCGCUUCCGAAUACAUCGACGCCUGGAUCCGCCGCUCGUCCGUCACCACCCUCUUCGCCUCUGCCGAGGACGAGCCCGUCGACCCGGAGUACCACCUCGUCGGCGUCCUCGUCUCGGGCCGCCACUGGAAGUCCGAUGGGCCGAUUCAUCGCGCUACGGGCCCGGGGAGCGCCGCGGCCACGGCGACGGCGCUGAUAUGCGGACGCAGGAACUGGGAUCCCGAGGGCCAGUGGGUGCGCCUGGGCGCGCUGAGCAUCGCGUAUGGCGGGCUGGUGCCUGUGGCGGACGAGGCUGACGCGUCCAUCAUGAAGGGUGUCGAUGCGAGGAGCGGGGAGAAGAAGGAUUUGAGGGUACGCCUGCGGGAGUUGGACAUUUACUGA